AUGUCUUCUGUCUCACUACUUCCGCCACGAGUGUUGGCAGUUGCAAGCCAUGUUGUCUCAGGCAACGUGGGAAACAAGGUCGCCGUCUUCGUGCUCCAGUCGUUGGGAUUUGACGUCGCUGCCCUGAAUACGGUGCAGUUCAGUAAUCACACGGGCUACAGACAAUGGACGGGAACGAGGGCCACGGCACAGGAGAUUACCGAUCUCUACAGCGGUCUAAAGCAGUCGUACCUGGAUGACUUUGACAUGAUGCUCACUGGCUACAUCCCGGGCGCAGAGGGAGUCACGGCGGUGGGUACGAUUGCAAAGGGACUCAAGGAGAAGUUUCAGAACUCUCCGGGCAAGUUCUUUUGGGUGUUGGAUCCUGUCAUGGGAGACAACGGAAAGCUAUAUGUGGCGCCGGAGGUUGUGCCUGCGUAUAAAGCUCUUCUCCCGUAUGCAGAUCUGAUACUGCCGAAUCAGUUUGAAGCUGAACAACUCUCAGACGUCAAGAUUGUAGACAUGGACAGCCUCACCCAAGCCAUCCAGGUGCUUCACGACAAGUUCAACAUCCCUCACAUCAUCAUCACCUCCGUCAGCUUCACAACCCCAGGCCACCCGCCCUCGCACCUCACCGUCAUCGGCUCCACCAUGACCUCAGACCGCAAGGCCCGCCCCUUCAAGAUCGUCUUCCCGUCCAUAGACUGCUACUUCUGCGGCACUGGCGACAUGUUCGGCGCCCUCAUCACAAGCCGCAUUCGAGAGGCCGCCAACGCCGUCCCUGGCUUGAGCGGCCGCGCCAGCUGGCUCAGCGACGACGACGUUGCGGCGACGGAUCUGCCGCUGGCGAGGGCGGCGGAAAAAGUGUUGGCUAGCAUGCAUCAGGUUUUGGCUAACACGCGGGAUGCGAUGCCGGAGGUGAUGGAGAGGACGUGGGCUUUGCUGCGGCCGGAAGAUAGGAAUGACGAGACGAAGGCGCAUUAUGUCAAGUCCAAGGCGGCGGAGCUGCAGUUGGUUACCAACUUGGAUAGCCUACGAACCCCGAGCAUAUCAUUUUCGGCAACGAAAAUUUAG